CGGGGGUCAAAGGUAUUUCUCACCCUGUUGAGACGCCGAGUUAGAGGACGAGAAGAAAGACACAAAAAGAUAGAGAAGGAGAGAGGAUCCCAUCAGUGCCUGGGAACCUGAGGGAUCCUGGAGAGACAGACCGGAGACAGAGUGAGGACGGGGACAAUGCUGUGAGGAGAUCUGCUCAGGGAAAGCUAAAUCAGGUCGGUUUUCUUUUGGUCCUGGUCUGUAUCCUGAAAGCGUCCUGUGCAGGAUCUGGUCUGGUCCAGUCCGAGGGGAGUCUGCAGCACCAUGGGAGCCUCCAAAGACGCGCCGUCUCUCCUCUCAGGGCUGCUUGUGUUCACGCUGUGUGUCGUCUCGUCUUUCUGCCAGGAGGAAUAUUCUGGAUACCACUCAGGUGAGGAUCACACCUAUGAAGGCUCCGUGGUCGAGGGCUACGACAGUUUAGCUGCUCCUCCACCAGAGUAUCCGCCCAAGCCGACUCGAAGCUACGACGAGGACCAGAGGCCCGAGGAUGUGGACUACGACCCCUACGGUCCUGAACCCCCCCGGGUCACCAUGAUCACUGAGGACGCCUUCCCUUACGCCACCACCACCGAGUCCCACUACGCCAAGGAGGACACGGAGACCAUGCGGGUCCCGUAUGAGUAUCCUCCUGAAGGACCGGACACCGGCUCCUCGGAGGAGUCUGGAGGCGACGCAGCGCUCGGGGAGGAGAAGCCGACUGACUGCGACUGUGAACCCGGACAGCCGGGAUUCGCUGGCUUUGCUGGACCGAAGGGAUCCAGAGGUCUGCAGGCUAAAACUGGUGAGCCAGGAAUCCAAGGCAGAGAGGGUUAUAAAGGAACCAAAGGGGUUCGGGGGAGAGGAGGAGACACCGGACCGGUGGGCGACGCUGGACCUGAAGGAGACGACGGAGCUUCUGGUUUCUCUGGAGCCAUGGGAGAACCUGGACUUAUAGGAGACCCAGGCGAGCACGGAGAGCUGGGACUGAAGGGUGACGUCGGUAUGGAGGGACCUCGUGGAGGAGUCGGAGGUCCUGGUGAGACUGGCCCUCACGGUGACGCUGGGUCUCCAGGACCAAACGGAGGAACAGGUAUCAAGGGGUCUGUAGGUGACAAAGGCAACGAGGGUCCUCAGGGAGGAGACGGACUGAAGGGUCAGAUUGGAGCUCCUGGGUUCCCAGGUGACGUCGGCGACAGCGGAUACACCGGUUACAACGGACAGCCGGGAUCCAGCGGACCAAGUGGACCAAAGGGCGAGGAAGGAUUCGGCGGUCUACCAGGAAGUGACGGCGACCCCGGAGAAGAUGGUCCCAUAGGAGUCCCCGGUGUGAUCGGAGAGCCUGGACUGUUUGGAUCCAAGGGCGGUAAGGGGGAUCGUGGUGUGAAAGGACCCCGAGGCAGAGUGGGUGCCGUGGGAGCUGGAGGAGAGCAAGGAGAUGCCGGAGUACCAGGGGCACUCGGGUCAAAGGGCCUUCAGGGCCCGACUGGGGCCAAAGGUGAGACGGGAACCGAUGGAGACAAGGGUGCAACAGGGAAGAAAGGUAUUAAAGGUGUCAAAGGACAAAAGGGAAGCGUGGGAGACGGAGGAGACAAAGGACAGCGUGGCCCAAAAGGUGCAUUGGGUCGUGACGGCGUCCCCGGACCCAUCGGACCGCCGGGCCUCCCCGGUACCAGAGGAGAGCGCGGUGCCAUCGGUGACCUCGGUGUCAAAGGUCAAUUAGGACCCAAAGGAGUUCCAGGUCCCUCUGGUCCUGGUCUGACCGAUGAGCAAGUCCUGCAGCUCUGCAGAGGCGUGGUCACGUCCCAGCUCUCCCAGUACGCCUCCUCCAUCCGGGCCAAGUGCUCCCAGGGCUGCCCCGUCAACAACCGGACCCUCAUCGGACCGCCGGGGGCAGAAGGCUCGUCGGGGUCAACGGGGAAAUCUGGCAAAGCAGGAAAAGCCGGAACGAAAGGAGCCAGAGGAGCUCCAGGUGACCGAGGACUGGAGGGACAGAAAGGAGCUCCAGGUGACAGAGGUCAAAAGGGACCUAAAGGCAGCACAGGUGAUCCAGGUAAAGGCCUGGCGGGACCCGACGGAUCACAAGGCCUCAGAGGUUUUCCAGGUCACCCAGCAGAACCCAAAAACGGCAUGGAGGGUCCACGAGGUCCCCGCGGCUUCCCUGGUGCAGUCGGUCAGUCCGGCAUGCUCGGGAACUUCGGUGUGCCGGGAUUUUGCGAGGCGCGGGACUGCAGCAUUCAUGCGCCGGUGCCACGUAAAGAGCAGGGUCUGGUGAAAGGCCCGGUCAGUUCAUAAAUCUGAACACGAGCAACGAGCACCUCCGCGAGAUAGUAAAACGUUCAAGAGAUUCGACUGGCGGCAACUUCAAGGUUCAUCUUAUUGAAUUCCAGCUGCAGUAAAGUCAGUUAAAAUGGGACAAAUGUUUUUAGUUAUAUAGUUUGUUUAAAAGCUGCAAAUGAUUUGAAUCUCCGUUGAAAAUGUCAGAGGACCAAGUGUUGUACCCUGGGGUGCUCCGGUGGUCGGCAGGUUUGCUAAGAAAUGGGAAACUGUGCAAGAAAAAGACUUUACAAAGGUUUCAUAGUUCAUAAAUGUCAAAAUAAUAUUACAGCUUUUCUCCAGAAACAAUGAUGUCUCAUGUGGUUGUUUAAUUUGAUAAAAAACACUUCAUGAUUCCCCAUUGAAUCCUUUCUUCAGAUUUUUUUUCUAAUUUUCACCAAAGUCACAAUGCAAAAUAAACAAAAAUAAAAAGGUGCUAUGUAAAUAUUUUGUAAAGUAUCUCAAAUACAUGUACUGUGCUCUGAAAUAUGUUUCAGAUAAACUGUCUGUCUGUUUUUAAAUCUGAGUCUUCAGUUUGUAGUGUUUUUGCUUUUUAAUUCUUUAAAAAAGUUAAGUCACAUAAAUAAAUUGGUUUCAGACUUCUGAA